AUCUUUGCUCUGUAUGGAGCUUCCCUUAGGAAGGAUCCCGCAAAACAUUCCUGAGAAUUCCAUCAAAAUCCGUAUUGAACAGUCACACCUAGCUGAAAUCCCUCAAGCGGCAUUCGCUGCAGUCAGUGCCUUAACCUUCCUAUGGCUGAAUUUUAACAAUAUAACACUGAUGAAUGUUAGAAGCCUGGAGGGACUGCACAACCUGACAGAAUUACGCAUGCAGGGCAACAAACUGCGUUCAAUACCAUGGGCAGCUUUCCGGGACACUCCCAACCUUGACAUUUUGGACCUGAAGCACAACCGAAUAGACGUGCUCCCAGAAUAUGCCCUGCGCCACCUGCCCAAACUAACCUAUUUCGAUUUAUCCUUCAAUCAGCUUACCAUCAUUUCCAGAGACGUCUUCCUCAACUGGCCCCGCAUCCAAACGCAGAGAGCCGGCAUCAAAGAGGAACGGGCUGACGUUGUUCUAGCGUUGCAUGAAAAUCGAUGGCUUUGUGACUGCAGACUCAAAGGCUUUGUUGAAUUCAUCAACUCUAUCAGCCCACCGAUGAUCCUGAUGAACUCGUAUAUGACGUGUUCAGGGCCUGAAUCCAGAGCAGGAAAGUUCUUUCAUGAGGUGGAGUUGAAGACAUGCUUGAAGCCAGAAACCUCCAGUCCUCAAACUGACGUCACCCUUCCUCUGGGGUCAAAGGUCACCCUGAGGUGCUUGGUGAAGUCCAGACCUGAAGCGGUCGUCCGCUGGAGCUACAGUCUGAAACGCAUCAGAGCUUUUACAGUUUCUCAGACUUGGCUGAGUGACGACACCAUCAACUCAGCGCUGAUUAUUCCGGCUGUUCAUGUGGCCGAUCGAGGCGUUUACAUCUGUGCUGCCAACAAUUUCAUCGGCAACUCCUCUGUCAGCGUCCAGCUUGAUGUCAGUCUAGACCACAACUCCACAUUCCCGCCCUCACCUGCAUUCCCGCUGGCAUCAGUUGAUGAAAGUGUGUAUAUAGACAUGCACAUAGCUAAGCAGACCAUCUAUGGCAUCACCAUCGAGUGGUUUGCACUGACUGAGAAACCUGCAGAAACCUGGUUCACGGUUUAUUUCGGUCGUUACGAUGCAUCUAAGAAAGACGCCAUUCAUGUGGGUCCAGGAACCAACAGCUACUCUGUCAGUGACCUGCUCCCGCUUACGAAAUAUGAAGUGUGUGUGACAGCGAGGAACCAGCCACCGCGAGACGGCCAGUGUGUUGUGUUUGUGACGGGCAGCGAUGUGAACCCACCGGAGCAGAGAGCAAGACUCGUCCACAUUGUCGUCGUUGUUUGUGGCAUGGUGCUGGCAGUGCCUGCCGGGAUGUGUGUGUGCACGAGCGACACCAGAACACACUGCUGCGAGCGCUGCGCUGACCUGUACAACAGACACAAGCAGCGCAGCGAAAGACAGGAGACGUUUGAUGGCCUGCAGGCCGCCAGUGAUGAAGGUCUGUGUGGAGACUCUGCUGAGGUGAGGAUGAAGAGGAGCUCAGAGCAGAAAACACAGAAACGGAACAGCAGCGCACAGUUAUAUUAA